AUGGACGAGAGGGAGCAAAAGCAGCAGAAGGUGGCGUGCGAAUGUUGCGAGUACCUGACCCUGCCCGAGAGGGGCGCGUGGAACUACGGAGCCAACGCCGUCUCCCUGCCCGUUGGCCGAGGCAACUUCGCCCGCUGGGGUGCGUGCGAGGAGCGCUUCGCCGGCAAGACCCGGCCACCGCGGCCCAACGAGCUCGUGCAGCUGCCCACCACCUCACCAACCCCUCGCCCCGGCGCUCCCACCGAUUGA